ACGCACACCGUCGUUCGGUUGGCUUCGCGUGAGCGAAGCGAUAGCUGCUUCAAAAACGAAUUCGAACUUACCACCUUCGCUUCGAAUGUCUGCCCACACAAAUUUAUUUGUAUUUCGGUCAUUUACGUAUAGACACUCUUCGAAAGUCGCGAGAAAGCUCCUACAAGUAUCUCUUGUCUAUCUUACCGAGUUAUCUCUUAACGCCCUGCAAGAGCUUAUUGUAUUAAUAAUUAGCAACCAAAAACUUUCAAUUAAUUGCUAUAAAACUUUAACGAGAAUUUCCUGCGACUCAUUGUAUUUUCAAAUUUGAACAGAAAAUUAUAUUGAAAAAGGGCAUCUGUGUGUAUUUCCGAGAGUCACCGUGAAUACUAUCUCAGGAUUAAUUAUUCUUGUUUAUUCGUUGUGAAAAAAAGAAAAGAGAAGAAGAGAAAGAGAGAACGAAAAAAAUCAUCAAUAAAAAGUUCAUCUUCAUUCUCUUGUGUGACGGUGCGAAGUAUGAGGUAAUUCCUACCAGGAGGAUGGGGGCCCACGAUGGGGGAGUGCCACUGCUCUAACAUCGCUAUCAUGCAGCUGUUCCACGAGCUGAAGCAGCAGUUCCCCGCGCUCCCUGAUUACGUCGUUUCCCAGUGCAUCGCACAGAAAGAAUCGUACGAGAACAGAGGAAAAAAGCCGGCUGAUCCAGAUGCGUGUGCGUUGCAGAACAGCCACGACAGGGAGAUAUGCGCAAGAAGUCUACGAGCAACCCAAGAAUCGCGUCCGUCACCGGGCGCUUUUCCGCCGCCCCCACCUGCUGCUGCUGUUGCUGCUCAACAUCACCACCAAUCGCACCACCAAUCGCAUCAUCAACAGCAGCAACAGCACCAGCAACAUUAUCAUCAACAACAGCAACAACGUUGCUGCGUUAUGAAUCAUCAAUCAACACAACGCAUUACAUCGAACAGCAAUGGUUCACGACCUUCUAGGCCAGCCUCAUUGGAUAUCGGCGUAGCACGACGUUUUCCUAUUGGCUGUUCACGUGCCGCCGCGGCAUCGUCAUCCGUAACUUCAAUCGAACCACCUGCACCCUCUUCCGCACCAGCGGCUUGCAAAGCACGCGGUUUUUUUGACGACGUCCCGUCCGCAAACACCAAUGGCAACAACUGCGUAAGCAACAAUGUUGCUCCUGGAUUCGAACUCAACGUUAAUGUCGCCUGCAGUCCUGCGGGCAACCGCGACUUCCGAACGGUGCCGACAAUCGGUACGUGUAAACGAAGCGACCUCGUUGUCGAACCUCGACCUCAUUACGCGGAACCUCAGUUGGCUAUAGGAAAAAACACUGGACAAUUUGACCAUGCACGUAGUUACACAUCAGUUAGCUUGACACUGAGGCCACCGUCGUCGGAUCCACAACCACCGAUCGACAUCAGAUCGCAAGGUUCGAGUUUGACAUAUUCGACCUCGUCUUUAGACCCACGAGGAUUUCAAAGCCGCUUGCAGAUUAGCAUCGGGCCAGGAAGCGUUGGCAGCGUAGCGGCUGCAAGAAUUAGACCACCGAUGGGUCCUGCCAGACCCAAUAGCCUGCUUCCCCCCGCUCAAAUUAGUCCACAGAGACCUCCAGGACUUCCUGCUGGGCCUCCAAGUCAAUUACCAAGACCGACGACAACAAUGAGUGCCCCAACCACACCUUCGGUUCCAACAAUAACGAAUAUUAUUUCAUCUAAUAGUCUCCCCGCGACUCCGUCUGAACCAACGGCAAUCUCUCCUCCCUCUAGUCCCGUUAAAGAAAAACCGUUAAUCGACCAGGAUCAAAAUCGUUCGCCUUUAAACCAAGUGGCAGAACAUCAAAGAAAACUGGUCGCCGAGCAGUUAGCGAGGAAGGAAAGGCUCGCCAAGGAAUUAAGAGCCGAAAAGGGACGACUUGAAGCAAUGAAGAAAGAACUGCAGUCUCUAGCGAGACCCCCAGAUUCUUCGAUAUCGCCACAGGAACUGAAAAUAAAAUUAAGAAGCGAAAUUUACCAAUUGCAAAUCGAAUGCGACAGACUUGCAGAUGAAGUGGAUCAAUGGUCAGACCCACGUGUACCUUUAGGUGAAACAAAUGAAGAAUUUUAUCAGGGCAUUUAUACUGGUCAACCUUUUCUACCAUUCUCUCAUCUGGCACCACCGCCAUUGCCGAGUCAGCCACCAGCCUGGCAACCCUCUGCGAGAGCUGCUGAUGUCAAUGAUAGAGAAGAAGAUAGGGAUGGACCUUCGUGGGUCUGCAGGAUGUGUACCUUCGAUAAUCAUCCACUUAUGAAUAAGUGCGAGCAGUGUGAUAUGCCAAGACUUUUGGAUCACGGCAAUGCAGGUAGGAUACAUGGAUCACUGCUUGAACAAGCCAGUACAUCAUCAUCAAAUCGUUUUCCUAAUCUACUAUCUCAGUUGCCUGAUUGAAUAAACCAACAAUCCUAACGGCAUGUUGUUUUUGUUACAAUGAGUUUUGAGUGAUUUAUCGGUUAACUGAUAUCAGAAAUUUAUCAAACCAUUUUCACUAAGCUUCUAAAAUAUAUUUGUCAAAUAAUUGUUUCUCUAAGAAAAAUAGAUUUCUUCGAUCAAAUAAAAUAUAUUACAGACAAGAAUGAAGCUUUGAACAUGAAAUGAAAGAAAUAAUAUUUUCAUUAUUUUAUCGUAAAAAAAUUAAAAUCUUUUUGAUAAGUUAACUCAGGUUGUCUGGUUAAGAGAUUGAAAUAAUGUAAUUAUAUUU